AAUGCCAUAGCAGUGCUGACAAGGCAUUCAUUGCUUAUGUGCCUUCUUUGCUGCCAAACUUAAACAAUUACACUGCCAGAGAAAUUAGGGGUGCAGCUGUAAAUGAAAGAGGAGAGAUCGCAUAGCUCGUCCAAUAAAACAACACAACUGUAAUUUUUUCUUGUAAACAAGUAUUUUUUUUCUAGUGAGUACAAUGAGACUGCCAGUAACUCACCGGAGACUGAGCUUUUACCCCGAGAGCAAAACCUGAAGACAGAAGAAAUAGUGGGUUUCAGAAAUAUUUUUUGGAGUGAAAGACCCUAGAAUGGAGAUUGAUAAAAAAUUCCUGUACUAUUUCCAACACCCAUGGUCUCGCCUUGCUGUGGCAUAUUUGGUGACUUUCUUUAAUUUUUUGAUAUUUGCUGAAGAUCCUGUUUCACACAGCCAGACAGAAGCAAAUGUGAUUGUUGUGGGAAAUUGCUUUUCAUUUAUUGCAAACAAGUACCCUGGAGGGGCUUGGAAUUUUUUGAAAGUGUUGCUCUGGUUACUUGCUAUCAUAACGGGUCUCUUUGCGGGGAAAUUCCUUUUCCAUCAGCAACUGUUUGGAAGGCUGCUACGGCUGAAGAUGUUCAGAGAGGAUCAUGGCUCAUGGAUGACAAUGUUCUUCAGUACCAUCCUAUUUUUGUUCAUUUUUUCUCACAUUUAUAAUUUGUGCCUCAUGAUGGCUGCAAACAUGAGCAGUCCCUAUUUUGUGACAGAAUAUAUGGGAAUCAGGAAUGAAAGCUUCAUGAAAGUAGCUGCGGUAGGAACCUGGAUGGGGGAUUUUGUCACUGCAUGGAUGGUUACAGAUAUGAUGCUUCAACAUCAGAAUUAUCCAGAAUGGGGAAAAGCAGUUAGAACAUUUUGGAAACGAGGAAACAACCGAAUUGUCUUGUUUUGGUCUGUACUGAUUUCUUUGACAUCAGUGGUGGUUCUUGUCAUCAGUACUGACUGGAUCAGCUGGGACAAUCUCAAUCGUGGAUUUUUGCCAAGUGAUGAGGUUUCCCGGGCAUUCUUAGCCUCUUUUAUUCUAGUAUUUGAUAUGUUAAUUGUUAUGCAGGAUUGGGAGUUUCCUCACUUUAUGGGUGAUUUAGAUGUCAAUCUACCCGGAAUGCCCACAACUCAAGUCAAACUAAAGUUGCCUGUGUGCAAGAGGAUUUUCAAGGAAGAAUACCAUAUACAUAUUACAGGAAAAUGGUUUAAUUAUGGCAUCAUUUUUCUAGUACUCAUAUUGGACUUGAAUAUGUGGAAAAAUCAGAUAUUUUACAAACCUUAUGAGUACGGACAGUAUGUAGGUCCUGGAGAAAAAAUCUACACAGUUGAAGAUCCCAACACACUGAAGGAAUUUAAUGAAACUACCCUGAGUUGGGAAUGGAGAUGUUCCAACUAUGAUGUGAAAACCAACAGGACCUUCUGUGAACAUGAUAUGUUUUUGCACAGCAGGUAUGUGGGAGCUAGCCUGGAUGUGAAAUGUCUAGCUUUCAUUCCUAGUUUGGCUGCAUUUAUUCUUUUUGGCUUCUUUAUUUGGCUCUUGGGUCGAUUUCAGAAAAGCGAGCAAGGAAUGGAAAACAAUGAUAAAACGUAUGAAAGAAUAAAAAGAAAAUCACCAUCUGAAUAUAGCAAAGAAAUGGGUGUGACCCCAGAAGAUGCAAAUGUUUCACUGAAUGAUGCAUUCAAAAGCAAUGACCCUGCGUUGCUUUAUGUGGAAACUAUUACUACAACAUCUGGUGACUCAACAUCCCCUUUCUCAAAUGAAACGCAGCCUUUGCAGUGCAGUGUCACUGAAAUAGGAACGAAUAACGAGUCCUGCACUGUAGACCAUGAAGACAAUGGUAACCAUCGAUCCUUAAACUGACCAGUACCAAAUACAGUAUAUUCCACCAAAGCCUUCUUUAGAUGUUUGGAAUACCAGUAAUAUUCCGUUUCAAAAGGGCAAUCAAAGUUUUUAUUUUCUUUUUUGUGCCACAACCACAAGACAGCUUUUGUUUUUCUUGACUUGAAACAAUAUAAACGGAGAAUAAAAAGAUAAAAUAAAAAAGUCAGUGAUUUUUAAUGAUUAAACAACAAAAACCUCUGAAGAGAAAAUAAGUACUUCAGGUUUUUAACUGGGCUGUUGAUUAAACGUAUAUGUAUUGCUGACAUACGUCUAGCUAUUUGGUAGCAGUCAGAUUAAUUCAGCUUUACAAUCUUUAUCAAUACCCUGUGUAUCUAUAAAGGCUUUGGGUCUCUUUGGUGCUUAACAUUACUAUCAUGUUUUGCCACAUUUUAAUGGUUCAUCUUCAAAAAGUUUCUCUUUUGAAUAAAUAACAGGAAUUGCACAGUUUUAUGGUGGUAUAUUUAAAGCUAGAUAUUUAUGUAAACAUCACUUUGUAACAGUUGUGCCUUGGCCUUUUAAGAGGUUAUUAUAAUAGGCUUAUAAGUAACUUUUUACUGUCUGGCUAUACAAGCAUCAGAGCCUUAAAUAUAUUGCACAUUUGAAGUAGCACACUUCAAACCUUAAUAAAAAUUCUUAACACUUAUCACUGCUACCACUACUUAUUGUGGAUUAAAACUGUAGGGCAGUUAAAUUAAUGAUACAUAAACUUGAAGUAAUGGUGCUUGUUUUUAGUUUAUUCUUAUCAAUGUAAAUGAAGUGAAUUGAUGUUCAUAACAAAAUAUUUUUCUCUGUAAAUAAAAUAAGUAAUUUCUGAUCUCUUGUAUAUAUUUUCCAAUUGUACUCCUUGCUUAAUAAAGCAGUAAGGUUUUCAGAUGGGGACUAAAGAAACACAGACAGGAGGAAAACAGAGUAAUA